AUGUGGGCCCGGCUGAUAGCGAGCGGAUGGACACACAAGAAGCCCCCAGCAAGCUGUAUCGAGACGAGGUGGAAGUUUAUUCCGCCUCGCGGAAAAGCAAGCGGAGUCGAGGGCAAGGACUACUUUUUGGAUUUAGAUCGCGUGCUCGCGCACUACGCUGCAGGUCAUGUGACUAGAGGCGACGGUGCAGGAUUGACAGCCCCAGUUGAUGAAAGUGAAGCCCCAAACGUAAACCCCUCUUUGCCGGUUUCCCCUCCCGCUGCUACGCCUAACUUGACUGCUUCCUCGCCUCCAACAAGCCGAGAGGUGAAUGCAAGCGAUGGUGACAUCGGAUCCGGAAAUGGCAUAUCCAGUGAUGACUCUGUGGAGGAUGAGCUCAAGUUGGUACUAAGACGCACGCCGCCGAGGCCCACUGCGCCUACAGCUCAAGGGACCUCUCUUUUUGGAUCUUCAGACGAAGAUGAUAGCGGUGGCGAAGCUACUGUGCUCGAUGAUGACGGCGAAGAUCCUGACAGCGCAUCAGAAGGUAUCCAUGUGUUUAUCAUGUAUAUAGAACAUGCUGAUUCGGAGGAUGAUCUCAAUAAAAUUGAAGGAGAUAACCAUGACGACUUCGCUGGUUUUGAAUCUGGCAAUGAGAUCGAGGAGGAUGGCAUCGUGGACGAAGACGAUUCAGACGAAGAAGGUGAAGAGGAUGUUGCUGUGAUUGGGCGUGGCAGUGAUGAUGAAGAGGGUGAUAGCGAAGAGGAGGACCCCAACUCAGCUGAAUCCAUUGCGGAGCGCCACUUGGCCGAGUACAUUUUAAUGUCACUCGGUGGUUCAGACAAGUUUUUGGCUGGCACUGGUAUAAGCAAACAAGACUUGGAGAAGCUACGAGAGCAUAGCGCCACUGGACGGACGGAUCCGGAUAUGCCUGGUGAUCACGAGUUCCUGCAAACACCGUAUCAAGCCAUGGGGAGGAGAAUAGCUAUCCUGAGUUAA